AUGGAGAAUCAAGCUCCGGACACAGUACCAACGCCGUCGCAGUCUGAAGGUCACGAUACAAAAGAGCAGGUGGAAGGUGCCUCAGAUUCACAUGCCAGCCCUGACUUGACUGUCGCGUCAAAGACUGCUGGUGCGGAGGCAAGUACCGAUGCUGCAUCCGAAGCACCUCAAACGAAUGGAGACCCAGCGCUAGCCAACUCCGAAACACAAGACGCGACUCAAGAGUCGGCAGAGGCAGAUGAGGACACGAUCAUGAAAGACGCCGGAGAAGCCACCGAAGCGUCAGAAGCAGCGUCGAAAUCGAUCGCGCCACCAACCGCAAAUGGCACGCCGGCUACAAACAAACGAGCAAGCAUUGGUGGAUCUUCAAAAAAGAAAUCUUCAGCAGUGCCGGAACACAAGAGCAAGAAGGUCAACAAGAAGAAGUCGAGACCGCUCACACACCUUGAUGCAAACCCUGGCGAAUACUUCUUCGCCCGUAUGAAAGGACAUCCUCCGUGGCCGUCCAUAAUUUGUGAUGAACAAAUGUUGCCUCAUAGUCUCCUCACAACCCGGCCAGUCACAGCCGCUUUACCAGAUGGCACAUUUAAGAAAGCCGACUACGCGGACGGGGGAAAGAGAGCCUACGAACGAACUUUCCCCGUAAUGUUUUUGCACACCAAUGAAUUCGCCUGGAUACCUAACACAGAGCUUACACCACUUGACCCUGACUCUGACGACGUGAAAUCUCCGAAUGAAAAGGGUAAAACGAAGACCUUGAUUGCUGCUUACAGUAAGGCGGCAGAAGCAAGCACUCUUGAUGCUUUCAAGGCUAUGCUCACGGAUCAUCAAAAAGCCCUAGAAGAAGACAUAGCCUUACAGGAGGAAAGGGAGGCUAAGAAAGCUGAAAAGGCAAAGAAAACAGCCCGCAAAAGCUCGGAUGCGAAGGCAGAUGACGAUGAGAUGGAUGUGGAUGAUGAGGUGGCCGAAAAGCCGAAGUCCAAGAAGCGAAAGAAAGCUGCCGAUGAGAGCGAUGCAGACGAAAAGCCCGCAAAGACGCCAAAGACGACUACUAAGCUGAAGCUCUCGACCCCCAAACAACCAGUCGAAUCUGCCACAAAGAAGAAGGCUUCAAGAUCUAAAGCUAAGGCUAAUAAGAGUGGAAGCGACGAAGAUGCUCAAACGCCAAAGGUUGAAGAGAAGCCGCUGUCACCAACAGAAAUGAAGGAAAUCAAGGAAAAGAAGGUAUUGUAUUUCCGCCACAAACUCCAGCGAGGAUUCUUGUCUCGAGAUACUGUACCGAAAGCAGAGGAGAUGAAGUCGAUGUCGGACUUCCUAAGUGACUUAGAAGCUUUACCAGAUCUGGAAGGCAGCAUUAUACGAACAACAAAAAUACACAAAGUGCUCAAACAAAUGAUUAAGCUGGAAAACAUUCCCCUCGAGGAGGAACAUAAGUUCAAAGAUCGGUCUGCGGCAUUGUUGACGAUAUGGAAUGACACCCUUUCCAGCGAUGGUCCCCCAGAUGAGAAAGGUGAGGAGCGAAGCGAACAGAGAGACGACGCCAAAUCAGAGCAAGAAAAAGAUGAGGACCCAAAGGAAGCAAAGAAGAAUUUCAAGGUACAGGCUACUGCUGAAGAACCAAACCCUACUGUGAAUGGAGAAUCUAAAGAGACAAAGGAGGAGAUGUUGCCCGAGGUAGAGCCAGAGAAAGCAACAUCGCGAGUUGCAUCUGAAGAAAAGACCGCAGAAAGUACGGCAGCGACUGCGAACGGUGUAAAAGAUGCUGAUGUGCCGGAGCCGACAGAGACAGAGACAGAAAAGACGAGCGAGCCGACAGUCCAAGAGGUCAAGGGGAUUGAAGACCCAGCUGUGCUGAGUGCAUCAUCUGACGUCACAUAUCCAGCACCCGCUGAGGCGAUGGAUACAAGUGCCUAA